UGAGACUUCCUUCUUUGUUUUUGAUUAGUACUAUAUAUUGAGCAACUGAUCUCCUAGAAGAAUGAUUAAUUCUUGGCUUCUUUCUUCUUCAUGAAACUUACCAGUCUUGCGAUAUUGUGCGUCUUACUUGGUUGGCAAGCAGUUGAUCAGAUGGGGAAGCUGAGAUUUGGAAGGGUGUUGGGUUGUCUUUUUCUUUCCUCUAGUUCAAGCUCAUCUUGCUUUUGCAUGAAUUUCAUGGACACCGAAGAUGUUAUUGAGUUCGAUAGGAAGCCACUGAUUAAUGGAGAUAGUGGAAGCAAGUUGAUGAGAGUGAGGGACAUCUUUGAAGAGAGGCAGACCUUGGCUUUUCAUCUAAAGCCCCAGAUGGUUGUAUUGAGGGUAUCCAUGCAUUGCCACGGUUGUGCAAGAAAAGUUGAGAAGCACAUCUCAAAAAUGGAAGGAGUAACCUCCUACCAAGUGGACUUGGAAAGCAAGAAGGUGGUUGUGAUAGGGGAUAUUCUUCCUUUUGAAGUGCUGGAGAGUGUCUCAAAAGUCAAGAAUGCAGAGCUCUGGUCUUGAGAGAUCAUACCAAGAAAAAGUUCAGUCAGCCAAACACAUAAUAGAUUUAGCAGCUUUUUAACCAUUAUGCUUCAAAUGUGCAUUUAUAUAUAUACAAAUGCACACUGUUUCAUCAUGUUGCAUAGAAGCUUCCUAUGAUGCUCUUCCCCUAUGUUCUGUGUAUGUAAUAUCUACUAACCAAAGUGGCUAUUUGACUAGUCCAGUUCUGAGGUAUGGUCAUUUCACCAUUUGACAACCAGAUGUAUUUGAUCA